AUGCUGGUCAUCCGCAUUUUCUGGCUUCAGGCCGCGCUGGCGAUGGCCCAGUUGCCGACAUUGGAUGAUUUGUUGGGAGGGGACAGUAAUGGUGUUGAGGAACCGGCAGGGUCAGAGGGGGGAGGGCUUGUGCCUGGACUUCAGGAUUUGAUCGAUGCGGUCCCGGUGCCGACGGUGGCGGAUGAUAUCGUGGGCGCCCUUCCGGAUCCGACAGAGAUUUUGGACGGGGUUAUCGGGGCACCAGGGACGAUAACGCCGGAUGAGGAGGCAGUUGCGACUCCAGAACCAACUCCUUCCCCAACGCCUGCGGAGGAAGAAUCGCCCGCUGUGGAGGAGACACCCGUCGUUGGGGCUCCGACUCCCGAACCGACGCCUGAAGAAUCGACUGCUCCAGUUGUACAGGUGCCUGUGCCCGUCGCGGAGAUUCCAGCAGUCGAAGAACCAACACCUGCACCAGCUCCAGCUCCAGCACCAGAGCCGAGCCCAGGACCGGCACCCGUACCAGCGCCGAUUGUCAUUGCCGACCCUCCCGCCGAGCAAGAAGACACCGAACUUGUGCUCUCGCCAGCCCCAGCGCCCAAUGCCCCUCCAGCUCCCUCCCCAGAUGCCGACUCUGGCGUCGGCGGUGCAGUCCUCCUCCCGCUACCCUCACUGCCAGCUGAUACCACCCCUGCUCCUGCUUCAACCCCCGCCCCAACAACAACCGCCGAGCAACCCGCCAACACCUCCCCCUUCCUCAGCCUCGUCACACCUGCCAACGGCUCCCCCUUCAUGUCGGUCUUCACCCCACCCCAACCGACCCAAGUAAACGCCGUAGUCGACGACGACACUACCGACAGCCCCUCUCCCCCAACAACCUCCGACACCACAAACUCCCUGACCAACACCAACGUUUCCCCCGACCUUCCCCUCGAUAACACCCCCCUCCCCUCCACCAGCCCCACCCCAUCUGAAAGCAGCGGGAUCCCCCUCUCCACCAAAAUCGGCGUUGCAGCCGGUCUGGGAGGCGGCUCGUUGGUCCUGCUCAUCAUCAUCCUUUACAUCAUGUGGCACAAGCGGAUGGAGAACAACCCGUUCAGGAGACAUACACGGUCUGGUAGUGCUGCCAGUGGUGGUAGUAGCAAGCGGGAUUUGGAGAGUGCGGCGGGGUUGCCGGUGCAGGACAGGCAGAAGCUGGAUUGGGAGAGUGGGCAUGAUGUUGCUUUUGAUUUUGGGUUUGGGAAGCCGACGGUGGAGAUCAAGGGGGGGAAUAACUGGAAGGAGACCAAGGAGGAGGAUAGAUUGCCUGCGGAGAUGGAGGCUAGGAUGGGGGUUGGGGAGGAUGGGAGUGCGCAGUUUAGGAGGUGA